UCUUUUGCCUGGGUCACUGAAACAAUUAGAGUGAUGAUGGAAACUCAAAGAUCCAAGUAGAAGUUGUGGUACUAGAAAAUUUGCUGCCAGAGUCUUGGUUCUUCACUGAACCAACAGGAUGAGGGGCCUUAUGGAAUAUUUAUGGAACUAAAUUGAUGCUGCUGCUUGAUAAAAAUGUAUCAUCUUCAGAUUCUAUUGUAAAUUGUGUUUUCUUUCCCAUAGUUGCACUUCAUGGCAAACCUAGAGCAGGGAAAUCAAACAGUUCUCACAGAUUUCAUCCUGCUAGGAUUUGGGAAUCUCCCUGAGCUGCAAAUUCUUCUCUUCUUGCUAUUUCUUGCCAUCUACAUUGUGACGGUGGCUGGGAACAUCCUCAUUGUUGUGCUUAUUGUGACUGAUCAGCAACUUCACACCCCCAUGUACUUCUUCCUGGGGAACUUGUCCUGCUUGGAGACCUGCUACACCUCCACCAUCCUGCCCAGGAUGCUGGCCAGUCUCCUGACUGGGGACAGAACCAUUUCUGUUAGUGGCUGCCUCACACAAUAUUAUUUCUUUGGUUUCCUGGCAGCUGCAGAGUGCUAUCUCCUGGCAGUGAUGUCUUAUGAUUGGUAUUUAGCAAUAUACAAACCACUGCACUAUGCAGUCCUUAUGAAUGGCAGGUUCUGCCUCAAGCUAGCAGUUGGCACUUGGAUUAGUUGUUCUCUGGCUAUAGACAUAACAAUAUUUUUAAUGCAACAAUUAACUUUCUGCGGCCCCAAUGAAAUUGAUCAUUUCUUCUGUGACUUCAUCCCAGUAAUAAAACUAUCCUGCAGUGACACACAUAUGAUGGAGUUUAUCACUACCAUACUAGCUGCUAUAUGCACUCUCCCACCAUAUCUAUUAACCCUGGCAACAUACGUCUGUAUCAUCACCACCAUCCUGCGAAUCCCUUCCACCUCUGGGAAGAGAAAAGCCUUUUCCACCUGCUCCUCUCACCUCAUCGUGGUGUCAAUUUUCUAUGGGACCAUAAUGAUUGUCUACAUGCUACCGAAAACUGAUACACUGAGAGACCUGAACAAAGUGGUCUCUGUCUUCUACACAGUCAUGACUCCCAUGGUCAACCCCCUCAUAUACAGCCUGAGGAACAGAGAGGUCAAAGAGGCCCUAAAUUCUCUACUGUCAAAAGGAUUCAAACCUUCUUAUCAUAGUUUGUUCAGUGCAUGUGAAACGAGAAUGAGCUGGUUUACUAUACUACCCAUGGUCAAUGCAGACUGGAGCAAUAAAACAGAUAUGGAAUUCAUUCUCCUAGGCUUUGGGAAUCUCCCUGAACUGCAAGUUCUUCUAAUCCUUCUGUUUUCAGUGAUCUACACUGUGACCAUGGUAGGAAACAUACUCAUCAUUAUACUUGUUGUAACUGAUCAGCACCUUCACACCCCUAUGUACUUCUUCCUGGGGAACUUGUCCUGCCUGGAAACUUGCUACACCUCAACUAUCCUUCCCAGGAUGCUGGUCAGUCUCCUGACGGGGGACAGAACCAUCUCAUUCAGAGGCUGUAUUGUACAAUUUUAUAUUUUUGGAGUCCUAGUUACUACAGAGGGUUUUCUUUUAUCCGUGAUGUCUUAUGAUCGGUAUUUAGCAAUAUGCAAACCGCUGCACUAUGGAGCCCUUAUGAAUGGCAGAUUCUGUGUCCUGCUGCUGUCUGGGUCUUGGAUAAUUGGCUUUUUGGCUAUUACCAUGACAACAUCUUUGAUGUCACAACUGCCCUUCUGUGGGCCUGGUAAGAUUGAUCAUUUCUUUUGUGAUUUCACCCCAAUGGUAAAACUCUCCUGCAGUGACACUCGCCUAAUAGAAUUUUUGAGUUUUGUUCUGUCAGCUGUAUGUUCGCUGCCACCAUUUUUACUAACUGUAACAUCCUAUGUUUGUAUCAUCAGCUCCCUCCUGAGAAUCCCUUCCACCACUGAGAGGCAAAAGGCCUUUUCCACCUGCUCCUCUCACCUCAUUGUGGUUACAACUUUUUAUGGGACUCUGAUCACUGUUUAUCUCCUACCCAAAAUUAAGAUACUGAGAGACCUGAACAAAGUGUUCUCUGUCUUCUACACAGUCCUGACUCCUCUGGUCAAUCCAUUCAUCUACAGCCUGAGAAACAAAGAGGUUAAAAAGGCUCUAAGAAAAGCAGUCAGUAAAUUUAUGGAUUUCCCAUGA